AUGAGGAAGGUCAAAGACCCUGAUCUCUGGCAGCUAUUCUACGAGAAGGUUCUGCCGCUUUUGGACGAUCUUCAGCCAGCAUGCGAGACCGUUGCUUCCUCUCGCAAGCUUCGACCUGCUCUUAAGACGGCAGUAGCUCACUGGACCCACCAAAUUUCUGAUGUUCGCGAUCAGGCGAGGCGGUCCCAUCAAACUAUCAUCGGCGUCCUGGGCAACACGGGGGAUGGCAAAAGCUCAACCAUCAAUGCUCUACUAGAUGAAGAGAGCUUGCUUCCUACAAACUGCAUGCGCGCAUGCACCGCUGUUGCCACCGAGGUUUCGUACAACCAUGAUGAAGACGAAGAGAGCCCAUACCGCGCGGAAGUUGAGUUCAUAUCUCGAGAAGAAUGGGUAAAAGAGGUCAACACACUACUCAUGGAUCUUCUCGCUGAAGAAACAACGGAUAAAGACGACCUGGACCCAGACAGCGACGCAGCCAAAGCACUAGCAAAGAUUCAAGCGGUCUAUCCGUUAAUGACCCAUGAAGACUUGACUAGCAGCACCUCGGCCCAGCUAUCUACCCACCCAAACGUCAAUCAGCUUCUAGGUACCACCAUGACGCUGAAAUGCGAUAAUGCACUGGAGAUACGCGAGCAAGUCGAGCCCUACAUCGAUUCGAACGACAAGGAUGACGAUACCGCGGCAUACUGGCCGUUGGUGAAGAUUGUCAGAAUCUUUACCAAAGCCAGAGUGCUCGCGAAUGGUCUUACAAUCGUAGACUUGCCCGGCCACCAGGAUUGGGAUGCAGCCAGAGCUGCGGUAGCGAGCGAGUACAUCAAGUCCUGUUCAGGGGUCUGGGUAGUGGCUCCAAUCAAUAGAGCUGUCGACAAUAAGACAGCGAAAGACAUCAUCAGCAAUUCUAUCAAGCGUCAACUCAAGCUGGACGGAUCUUUCUCGGCUUUGACCGUCAUUUGCUCAAAGACCGACGAAAUGACGAUCAGCUCAGGAAUAGAAAGCAUGAAGUCGAAGCUGGAUAAGGAUACCAAUACAAUAUGGAAACAGACACAAGCCCUAGGUCGCCGCAUUAUUGCUCUGGAAAAGGAGCUCAUGGUUGUCCGAGGUCGUCGCAAGACAUCUCGGGCCUCGACCAGCAGCGUCGACGCGGACCGCACAGCAAAACGAGCGCGGACCGAGCCUCCCGUCAAGCAAGCGGAGAAGGUAGUAUUCAAUAAACCAACCAGAGCGACUAAUGAUUAUGUCGUUGAUUCCGACCCAAUGGCCCAGAAGCACGAAGAGCUCGCGGAGUUGAGACAGAAAAAGCGAGAGCUGAUGGAUGAGGUCCAUGCACGUUUGAUCCGGAAACGCAACAAGCUUUGCCGAGAUGCUGUCAGGAAGCAUCUCGAUAAAGGAUUCAAAGAUCUUGAUCGUCAAGUUUCAUCCAACUCCGAUGGAUUUGGCCAAGCUGAUGAGAAGUCCCGCGACUACGACGAAAUGUCCGCUUUGACUCCGGUCUUCUGCACCAGCAGUCUCGUUUACCAGAGAAUGCAAGGUCUCGUAGCCAAUAAAGAUGAUGAAACACCUGGCUUCGACAACGAGGAGGACACGGAAAUCCCUCAGCUCCAAGCUCAUGCUCAGAAGCUGACUGAAAAUCUUCGAAUCGCAAAGUACCAAGAGAUACUCAAUAGCAUCUGCCAAAUCCUCAACCCCAUCGCGAUAUGGGCCCAGGACACGGCAGAGACCACAGCCACGAUUGACGGGGAGCGUCUAAGGGGGAUGUUGGUACGCUUCAAUACCGAUCUGAACGGCGAGGUCGAAGAUUGCCGCGACAAGUUGCACAUGGCAGUAGAGACUGUCUUGUAUGAGGAGAUGAAGCACUUGAGCUCCGCUGCCAGUCGCGCGGCAGUCCCUACCGCCAUUAGCUGGGGCAACAUGAACUUCUUUACGCUGAAGGCAACGUUUCGCCGCCGCGGCACAUGGAGGUCAAAUAAUUUCAACGAAGACUUGUUGAGACCCAUCACAGAUAACCUGACGGAGACCUGGGCAAACUUCUUUCAGUUCAGUAUCCCAGGCGUGCUCGACAAUUUCUCUGUCUCUGCAACCCGCCGACUCGGCGCGUUUCACGAGGAUGUCAUGAAGCAACUUGGGAUUCAUGAUUUCGACCACGAUGAAACGCCUACAAUCGUCCAGCUCAACCGGCAACUCGAGCUUCAUAAGUUGAAGGUUGUGCGACUUGCCGCCCAUAGUCGCAUGGGAGUCGAUGAUGCCCAGAAAGACGCCAACAGAGCGUUGACUACAAUAAUUGCCGAAGUAAUGGCCCCUGGAUAUGAGGAGUGUGGUCUCAUGCGUGGGAAGGGAUCAGCCAAGAAGAUCCAAGCUAAAAUCGAGGAAUAUGUCCUCAACCGGAAGGUAAAGAUGUUCCGGGACGCGAUCCGAAACGUCAAAGACGUUCUCGAGGAGGGCUUGAAGAUGGUGGGCGAAGACAUGGCGGCCGACAUCAAAAACAUCGGAUUUACUAUGUAUGGUGACUACAUACUUGCGCUCGCAGAGAAGCAGGAGUCGGCACGUCGUCUGGAGGAGGCGUCUAAGCGGGAGAUGCUCGAGUUCUUGGAGCAUGCCGCGGAGCAAUUCAAAUAGACGGGCUUCGUCCAAUAGGAACUUUAUUGAUACACU